GGACCAGUAGGUACACUAGCUGAACACAGAACAGCUAGGUUGCAGCGAGACGUUGCGUUUUAUCGCUAUUUACCACAUUUAAUCUAUGAGAAACCCCCGUCGCUGCAUAGACUUUAAUGCAGUUAAUGUAGGAGACUAGGAAAAAAAACACAACUAUCUUCUCACAUUUCGAAAGGUUCACCAAAGGCGUUGCGACGCUCUGGGGAUUGCAGGAACUAACUACACCUUUUAUCCAGGAACUUCAUGUUGUUGCGUUCAUCAAUUGAAUUACUUAGAACUCGGUUCGCAACAGUAGGUGGUUUUAAGUUUAUAUAAAUUACAUAUAGUGAAGGAAAAUUAUAUUUUAAUGCUAACAGUUAAGGUGUAAUUACUUAACACUUGCAACAUGGCUGCUGUGGGAACGGUGGAGAGAAAAGUUCAACACUGACGUGGGAGAAGUUUAGUGCGAAUUCGAGUUAGUACAUUAGCUGUUGUCCACAGAGUGAAUUGGUAAGCAGUCACCCCGAUUCUGGCACUGCUUUCACUGGACUUACAAACCAGUGGAGGAACAGUGUCGGAGCCGCCUCCUCCUCCUCCGUAGGCACCUCUGAUACUGCAGUGGACUUUCUGGGAGAACUGUGGUGAAUUGCUCUUCGCAGGCGCUGGUGGUAGCGUUCAAGGACUUGACUGGCUCCAAGCUGUGUUUCGAGCUAAAAUGCAUUUUUCUAUACCCGAAACAGAGGUUCGUUCGGGGGAAAAUGGUUCAACCUAUGUGGCCUACAACAUCCAUGUCAACGGGGUUCUCCAUUGUCGUGUGCGCUACAGUCAACUUCUGGGGCUUCAUGAACAGAUCAAAAAAGAAUAUGGCAGCAAUGUGGUGCCUGCCUUCCCCCCAAAGAAGAUCUUCACACUGACCCCCGCUGAGGUUGAACAGAGGCGAGAACAGCUCGAGAAGUACAUGCAGGCCGUCCGUCAGCAUCCCUUGCUCGGAGCCAGUGAGGUGUUCAACAGCUUCUUAAGGAAAGCACAGCAGGAGACCCAACAGAUUCCCACAGAAGAAGCAGCUCUUGACAUCUCACUCUGCAACGGUCAGAAGGUUACAGUCAACAUUUUGACCUCAGAUCAGACAGAGGAUGUUCUUGACGCUGUUGCAACAAAGCUCGACCUUCCAGAUGAUCUUGUUGGAUAUUUUAGUCUCUUCUUGGUCCGUGAAGGUGUGGAUGAAAGUUUAACAUUUGUGCGGAAGCUUCAGGAGUUUGAGCUGCCUUACGUUUCCAUUACCAGCUUACGGAGCUCUGAGUUUCGCAUAGUCUUACGGAAAAGCUACUGGGACAUGGCAUAUGACAGUGAUGUGAUGGACAACAGAGUUGGCCUGAAUUUGUUAUACGCCCAGACAGUGUCUGACAUUGAGCGAGGCUGGAUACUCGUCAACAAAGACCAGCACAGGCAGCUUAAAUCACUGCAAGAGAAAGGCUCCAAAAAAGAAUUCAUCCAUCUAGGUCAGACUCUCAAAUAUUACGGAUAUAUCAAGUUUGACCCAUGCAUCACUGACUUCCCUGAGAAAGGCUGCCAAGUCAUUGUCAGCUCCGGCAACAAUGAACUCAAUUUCCAUGUCAAGCUGCCCAGUGAACAGAUGAAGGAGGGAAGCUUCAAGGUCACGCGCAUGAGGUGUUGGCGAGUCACGUCGUCUCAAGUCCCCAUAUCCAAUGGUACAUCUAAUCCCUGCAGCUCAGCCAAGUGCGAGGUGAAGCUAGAGCUUGCGUUUGAGUACCUGAUGAGCAAAGACCGCCUCCAGUGGGUCACCAUCACCAGCCAGCAGGCCAUCAUGAUGAGUAUCUGUCUCCAGUCCAUGGUGGAUGAAUUAAUGGUAAAGAAGUCAGGUGGCAGCAUAAAGAAGUUGCUGAGAAAGCGACACAACGGCUCCAUUCACCGGGCUGACAGUCAGCAAGCUGUGAAAUCACCCCCUCUACUGGACUCUCCUGAUCCAAACCGUGAACAAAUUGUCAAACUUUCAACCAAGCUGAACUCAGUGUCUCUCAGAGGGAUCAGUGCCUCCAACUCUGCUAACGACAUCAGCGGCGAUGAUUUCCACGGCAACUAUGCUUUCGAGGGAAUCGGAGAUGAUGACCUGUAACCCACAAGUCAACUUCUUGCCAUUUUCAUUCCACUGUUGACGAAUAAGAUUACUAAUUUAACGAGCUGAGCUGAGCUGAGCCGAGCAGAGUCGAGCGGUCCUCACAGGUGUCUACUUCUGCAAGAUUGUAGCUUCUCCCUGGAGAAAUUGCUGCCUUAUGCUCUCAUUUAACCUUUACUGACUCGUCCUUUGUUUUAUAAUUUUUGAAGACUUUGAAGGCUCAUUUCAAUUUGUAUUUUAGUCACUAUAGUCUCCAUGUUAAAACUUUGUCCCUGUGUUGUUUGAUCCACAUGAAGAAAGCCUUGAUUCUUUUAUGAGUGGCUGCAUGUUCGUCUCCAACCAGAGAGCCAAAUGUUUAGUCAGACCUGCCACUAGUGAUAAAAUAACAGAACUGGGCAAAAUGCUCAGAAUUAUCCAGUGAUUUCCAGCAAAACUUAUAUCACAGCUGUAAAUAAUUCAUGACAAACGCUUAGAUAUAUGGUUGUUUGGCUUGGCUACAUACCAAAACAUGUUUUCAUAAUGUUAGUAGUACUGUGUGAAUCAUGCUACUCAUGUGCCAAGUUAGCAAAUUUCUUUAGCAGAGGUUAUAAGAGGUGUCGCUCGUACUGCCUUCAGAAGUAGUCUGAUGCCUUAACUUUAACCUUUUUUUGCCUCAUGGGGGUUAUCUUUUCCAUCAAGCAUGGGUUGAAACUAAACAGUUGAAUCAUCCGGCAUUAACUAGAAUCUUGCAGAACUUGAUGGAAGGUUGAUUUGGUUGAGCUGCUUGCACUUGCUGAACCCAUCAUUUUGCACAGUAUUACAGAUAGAGAUGAAUGUUUGAGUGGAAGCUCAAGCGUGAAUUUUAAAUUUGUGUGGAGACCAUUUUUUCCAAGAGGGCUCCGUAAAUCCAUUUGUGAUGUUCUUUUUUUUUUUUUUUUUAACAAGUUUAAGGUUUCUCAUUAAUGCCAAAUUUAGUUUACUAAAGCAUUUUGCACAAAAUAAGCAUAAAAUGAUGAAAAUGUCACUUUUUAUAUUCUGUACAUGCAAUUAAGCAUACUGAACAUUUACUAAUAUCUUUAUCAUCAUAGCUUAUUGUAAUCAAAUAGAUCAAAUAUAAUCUAAGCUGUGUGGAACGUUUAAAUGGACCAACAUUUAUCAUGUUUACAUAAUGCUUAGGGGACUUUUUAGUUUAAAAGGAAAGUGUUUACAAAUUUUGCAUCUGAUUUUCUUCAUCUUUGUGUUUUUCUGGAGAUGUGAUAAUGUUGGGAGCAUUCUUUGGGGCUUCAGUUCAUUGUAAUCUGUAUAUUGUGCCAAUCACCUCAGAGGAUUUAGACAAAAGGUGCUUUGGAGUGGCUAACGUAAUCUUAACUGCUGGAGUGAACAAGAUUUAAGGCAACAAAAUGAACAUAUCUCACUGUUUUUAGAAGACAUAGUUACCUUUUAUUGUCAGCUUAUUUUUAAAAAACGUCUGUUUCUUAACAUAUCACGAAGCCUCUAAAUGUAAAUCUGUGCCAACCCAUCAGCAGCUUUAUUCUCACUCGUAGCCAAAACAACAGCAUUUAAUGUUCAUAACGUAAAUGUCAAGUUCUUCAGUUCUGCUGUGACUCGUCUUAAUUGGCUUUUACAGUAAGAAGGUGGAUGUGGAAACUUUUUUUUUUUUUGCUUGUUUUCUUAGUUCCUGUCAGUACAAAGUACACAAUGCUGCAGGUUUGGGAGGUUUUUUGGUUAGUAAAUGUGUAGGUGCCAAAUUACAUCUAAAAGUGCAGUUUUUCAUCAGCAUCAAUUUGAAACACUCAGAGCAAAUGUCGUUUCAUGAACGUUGACUGACUCGAUUCAUCCCACUAAUGUUGAUUUUGAUUUUAGUGGAAAUGUCAGCAUCUGCUCUGUUUAUGAUGAAGCUAAAAUAAACUCUGACAUUCAAA